AGUUCACGGAUGAGCGCCCUUCCCAGUGGAUGAUGUCAUGGGCUCUGUCUCAAAUCCUAGUCAGCAGCCUGCCCUGAGAACGAGCACGAAAGCUGCGCGCGCCUCGAAACGCGAUCUAACGGGCGGCGGACGAGGCUUUGAGACACGGCCCCGGUGUUUGGGAGUGAAGCGCUCGCUCAGAUCAGUUCCAGUGAGGGGCGGAGGAGGGCAUAACGGCAGAGUGCGUGUGGGCUUCGUGUUUAUUUUUGCCCUCGGAGUUGCGUUGUUUCACACCCAGAUAAAGCAAACGCUUCUUGAUUUGAAAUGUAGCUUUUAGCGGACUUUUCCCCUUGCAAAAAUAAAUGGACGCCGCAGUGAAAUCGGAGGCUGGUGCUCCGCUCUCUCAUUCGCGAGUGGGAUGAAUCUCUGAAGCCGCCGGACGGUCCGUGUCUUCGGCGAUGCCUCCGCAGGGAGGUGGAGAGUACAAGCCCGCUCCAGGUGCGCUGGUGCCGCCGGUUCCCCCGAGGAGAUUCCGCGGCAGAGAUCUGUCAUCCGCCGUGAAGAGCCGCUUCGGGGCGGCAGCGGAGCGCAGGGUGAAGUGCGUGCUGGUUGGUGAUGGUGCAGUGGGUAAAACUAGUCUCAUUGUGAGCUAUACCACCAAUGGAUAUCCCACCGAGUAUGUUCCAACAGCGUUUGACAACUUUGCAGCGGUUGUAGCUGUGGAUGGCAAGCCUGUGAAACUUCAGCUUUGUGACACAGCCGGUCAGGAUGAGUUUGACAAGCUCCGGCCGCUGUGCUACACCAAUGCUGACGUCUUCUUGCUCUGCUUCAGUGUGGUAAGUCCCUCCUCUUUCCAGAAUGUGAGGGAGAAGUGGGUGCCUGAGAUCCGCCGGCACUGCCCGAGGGCACCAAUACUGUUGGUGGGCACUCAGGCUGACCUGAGGCAAGAUGUCAAAGUGCUCAUCCAACUGGCCCAGUACAAGGAACGACCCGUGGACCCCCAAGAGGCGUGUGUGUGUGCUGAGGAAGUACAGGCCGUCUCGUACAUGGAGUGCUCAGCGCUCACCCAGAAGAACCUCAAGGAGGUGUUUGACACGGCUAUAGUGGCCAGCAUCCAGUACUCGGACAGCCAGCAGCAGAAAAGGCUGAAGAAGCGGACGCCCGAUAAAAUGAGGAAGCUCUCCGAGUCCUGGUGGAAGAAAUACUGCUGUUUGGCAUAGACUCGAGAAUAUGAUUGCAUACUGUUGAUAUGAAUGCGGUUAGACUGGAACUGGCUUUUUUUGGGAUAGAAAUGGACACUGAUCCAUCUGCUUUUUGAGACUGUGUUAGUGGAUUAACCGGAGCACACAUGGCCGUGAAAUUAAUUGGACAUUUUUAGAAAAUCAGCCAGCUCUUGUGAUGAAAUGGAAAGAUUCAUAGAGACUCUGAGUUGUCUGCUACAUUUUUAGGAUCUGCUCUUCAUUUGGAAAGUCCCAAGUUAACCUCAAAUGCUUACGUGAACAAUCCAGGGCGAGAGUCAUCUUUCUUUCUUUACCUUAUCUCUGUUGAAGAGGGUUUCAAGUGGACUUAAGGGUUGUUUUUCAAUCAAAUAUCUAGCUGAGUCUGCCAGAACUUUCCUUCUUCAUUUAGACACUGUGAAAAGCAACCUGGCCCGUCUCAGCAUAUUGUUGGUGUUUUAAUACUUCUUUUGCUUAUGGAAUUGGAUCACUUCCCUCAUCUUGGAGAAGAAGUGAUCAAGAGCGGGUUCGGUCUGAUAUACUCAAGUGCUCCUUUUGUGUAUCUGUCAAAGCAUUAAGUGUGAUGUAGAGUACAAGCAGAUGUCUGUACGCACUAUCAACUUGACGUCACUGACAUUUACCUUGUUGUCCUGUGAGGGUGAAUGAUUGUCCAUUUUAGAGACAGCGGGACGCUGGCACAUCUCUCCAGGCUGUCUUGUUUACAUUUGGAGUUAAGUCCAGACCCAAACAUGCUGUGAGGUCAGGGUCUUUGAGUGUAAGCGAGUACACUUAGCAGGCCAGUUGGAUUGUAUAUCUGGUCAUUGAACCUGAAGCUUCAUCAAAAACAGUUUUGAGUGAAGCAUUUCAGUCAGAGGAGUCUGACUGAGUCAGAUUUUAUUGGGUAUGUAUAGGAAUGUACACUAAUGUUUAUAAGUUUGGGGUUGGUAGGAUUUUUUUAACAUUUGUAAAAGAAGUCUCUUUUUCUCACCAAGAUUGCAUUUAAUAAGUACAGUAAAAAAAAUAAGCAAUAGUGUAAAAUACAAUUACGAUUUUAAAAUAACUGUUUUCUUAUUUAAUAUAUUUUAAAAUAUAAUUUAUUCCUGUAAUGACAAAGCUGAAUUAUCACACAAUCCCUCAGAAAUCAUUCUAUUAUGCUGAUUUGGUGAUUUUCCCUUUAAUUAAUCUUUGCUGAAUAAAAUGUAUUAGGGGCUUUAAAAAUCGUACUAACCCCAAACAUGAACGUUAGCAUGUGUUGCACAUUUUCAAAGAUGGAAAAACUUUUUCAGUGCACAGGUUUCAUCCAGAAAUUAUUAUGGCUGACAUUGCUUUUCAGUUUCUGUUAGAACAAGGCAAUACAUAUUUUUUGAUACUUCAUGCCUUUGCAAUUUUUGGCACUAUAUAUAGGUGAAAUUUGUACAUUAAUACACCACUAGUGGCAUCAAAUGAAAUGGUAAUCUUAUCAAUCUCUUUAUCAUUCAGGGCUAUUAGUAUUUCUUUAUGAUCAAGUAAAGGUUUUUUUUUUUUUUUUUCCCAAUUAUGUUUCAAAUUAUUUACUUAUUAAUUAAAUACAGUUAUUUUGAAAACUGUGGAUGUUAGUGGUGCAGACAUGACACGUUAACAAACAUUUUUUACAAACAGAUCUUUAAAAAAAAGCUAUUUUUCCAUAUUUGCUUGAAUGCAUUUGGCACACAGUUUUAUCCAAAGCAACUUGCAUUGCAUUUACGGCAUGUAUUCCCUGGGAAUCAAACCCAUGACCUUGACAUUGCUAGUCACUACUCUUUAAACUCUACUUCUACAUUUGUCUCCCCUAAAGGAUGACGUCAGCCACGUCACGCUUUGAUAAGCACUGCAGUCCUGUCGUAAAAAUAAUCCUUUAUAAAAUACGUGGAGUGCUGCUCCAGGGCAAACUGCACUUUUUAUCAGGCUUCUACAUCGGAUGAACUGGAAAAGUCACCUGCUGCUAUGCAAAAUGUGAAUGAGCAUAAGCUGAAAGACAGUGAGGAAAAGUUAAUGUUUCACCGCAUAAUCUGGGGUUGGUGUGCAAGUAUCUCUAACGUCGCUAGUGGCAAACAUUUUUCUUUCAUGAGCACAGAAUAGACCAAGAAUGAAAUCAAGAUGAGUUUUGUGUUCGCCACUUGUAAUGUUAGACUGUUCCAGAAUGUGGCGAGGCAUUGAGAAAGAAGUGAGUAAGUUAGUGGCUCUGAGCAAGUGAUUACAGUGCUGUAAACUGCAAGUGUUGAAGGUGGCAUAGCGAGAGUUGAAACCCAAACCAAACAGUUAUAUUGAUAUAAAAAUCCAUUAAUUAAGAUUCUAUAAUGAAAGGAGGCGUAUUGUAACAGUACGUUGUAUUUAAUCUUUUAUCAAGAAGUAUUUUUGUGAUGUUUCAUAUAUUGUUAAUCUCUUGUUGCGAGAACAGGCCUUAAGUUCAGACUGACCAAAGCAUACGAGCGCUCCAGUGCUGUGCACUUUCACAGGGCUGGAUCAAUUACUGAGAGGUUUUUGACAAGUCGCCAAACUAUCACUUCAAACACUCAGCGUGUUUAUUCGCCGCUUUGAUUUGCUCGUGAGUUGCAUUGCAGUGUUGUAUAUUUUCUGUGAGUGAGCUCACUGCUGCCGCGGCCCACCAGACGGAACUGUUCAGGAUCUGGUGGUCAUUCAGACAAAGCUGACAUGCAAUAACAGAGACCUCCCUGUAGAUUGUUAUCUUUCUCAGAAUAAAUAUACUUUUUGUCUA